AUGUCGAAUACGCCCCAGAACAUAUAUGGUAUCAAUAAUUCAGCGGACGCUUACUAUGGGACACUUUUCUCGCACUUGUCUUAUGGAAUGGGUGAGGGCAAUGGAGUAAACUCAGCUACAACCCCAAAUGCAGAAAAUGCAGCUGCGGCGGCUGCCGCUGCAGCCUUAGCAGCAGUGGCGUCUGGAAGAAACGAUUGGUCUAAUACUGAUGGUUAUAACGCUGUUUCAAACAUGAUAAAUAAUAUGCGUACACAUCCAUCAUUGGCAGCUUGCUCAAAUUCUGGGGAUUUAUCCGAGUCUUGUAAUAUUCCAUCCAGUUCUUUAUCAUCACCUUAUGCUGCAACUUUGUUGGCUGCAGUUGCUGCAGCAGCAGCUGCAGCUUAUCCACUUCCUCAGGGUGCUGCAAAUGCCGUUUCUGGCCAAACAGGUCGGUCUUUCUUACCUAAUCCCUCAAUGAAUAAUAGAGCAGCUGAUUUCACAACAAUGUACUUUGGUUCUUCCACAAGACCAUCUGUUACUAAUGCUAACCAACUUAAUGGGCUUCUUGGUAACCUACCUAAUUGGCCUUUCACUGUUCCUCCAACUCACUAUCCAAACUCUUCAUUUAUAGACAGACCUACUGGUGCAGUCGUUCCUUUUGAGGGCUGGGCUUCAAAUGGUCAACAAUUAACACUGUCACCCUGUGGUGAAAAUGAUGCAAUCAGUCACUUUAGUCAAGGUCCAUCCGAAGCAAAUGUGUCAUCUAAAGACCCACAUACAUAUUAUACAUCAUCGAAUAUGGGAGAUACUGUUUUCGCGCCACCUGCAUCCUAUUCUCAGCAACAACAACAAUGUACUACUGAAGACCCUGGUGUUUCAUUCAUCUACCAUCAUCCGAAUUCAAAAGCUGCCUAUCCGUUUUCAUCUCAAGGACCUCAGUCACAUCUUGUAAAUGGAUUGCCUGGUAGUGCUGCUAAUAUGUUGGAUCCCUAUGCUUCAGUAAACCAGUGCCAAACAAUCUCACAACAUCUGAUCGAUGAAUUCGGUCGACUAAAUGUUGGAUGUGGUGUCGAAACAGCAACUUGUAGUGAUAAUGGGCUAAAUCAGUUGCAUGUCCCGUUUUAUGAAACCUCAGUUGUUGGGAACGGAAGUAAUGUUCAGUUACAUAAUACUUCAGUGACACAAUGGUCUCAUAUGAAAGAAAGUAACGGAAUUAGUAAUAGCAUGUGUUCUAUGGAUAAGUCCGAUAAUAUAUCCAGAUCACAAUCCAAUCCAAGUACUUAUCCAGCAAGCAGGUUAUCUACUUCAGCGAGUAACAGACCUGCACCAUCAGUUAUUGCUACAUCUGUCAAUAGUUCACCACGUACAAAAACUUGGGCUAAUAUAGCAGGACAACCACCCAAAGGGUCAGCUGCAGUUAUUCAAAACUCUGUAGGAUGGUCAGCGAAAAGAUCUCAUCCUCACAAUCCAACAGCUGUUAACAGGUCUUUCCAAACUUCUACUGGGAACUAUUCAGUUGGUAGGGUUAAUUCUUUGAUGGCAAAUGCUUCGUGUAAUAAUGGGCAUUUAACACAACAAGACAGAGUUAAUACUGCGGACCAGUCAGGAAAUGUUCGUUCUUUGGCGGAAUCUAAUUCCGAGCUAAAGAGUACUUCGAAUAAUGGUAACCAUGCUGCAGAUAAUUCAACAUCCCUACUAACCUCAGAUGGAUCUGCACAAGCUUUUCAACGUGAGUCGGAAGCGCUGCACCAACGUUUGGCUAAGACAAAUGAUAAUAAACCAGUAACUCACUCUCGCGACACUACAGAACUUCCUUUAGAACGAGGUAAACAAGUAAUGGAAGUACUUGCCACAUAUUCACAUACAUUGUCUAUUUUCGACGAUUUCUUUUAUUAUGAUCAACGAGAAAGACAAGAGGGUUUCGUCGUAAAGAAUUCAAUACGCGAAGAGGUUGAUUUGCGGACAAUAAAUUAG